AUGAAUGCGAGGAACAACAUAUUUCAGAUCCUCCGACAGGAGGAUAAGAUAAAGAGGAAGUCCAAGCAGCUGAAGGAGAGCCAGCAGAAGAAGGAGAAUGAAAAGAAGGAAAGUGAGAAGAAGGACGCCAGCAGCUUUUCCUUUGAUAUCAGCAAGUACUCCUCCUGGGCCGACAUGGUGGACGAGUACGACGAGUUCUUCUACGAGGUGGAGAAGCUGAAUGACCAGGAGAAGAACGAAACAAAUAAUAACAAGGAAAAGAAAAAAAAAAAAACAAAAAAAAAAAAAAAAAAAGAGGACGAAUACAGUGAUGAUAGUAGUGAGGAAGACAAGGAGGACACCGAUCAACCCGUACCAACACACAUAACGGAAAAGGAAAUAAAAAAUAACAAAACGUCGAGCACCCCUAAUGCAAAGAAAAAGCAAAAUGGAAAUGCUGCUAAUGGGAUUAAUAAC